GUGUGUUUUAAUAAUAAAGCUACGCCUCCCAAAAACAUAAAUUGUCUUCUCUCUCAUAAUUUCCACAGAAGCGCACUUCACGAUCGCCAUUGAAAUUUCUAUCUUACAUUGAAGCAGCUUGUUAGGAUGGAGUACAGGAUUAAGCGGAGGAAGAGUCAGGUAGUUGAUGAAAAAAAGAAAGCACCAGUUGAUGAUUCUAAUAAACAUAUUAGACACGCUGAUAAUUAUGAACUGUUGGAAGUUAUUCCAUUUAUGAAAAAUCCAGAUUCACCAACAGAACAAAUGGAAGCAAAUAAGUUUAUGGAACGGUUCAAUGCGGAAAUCAAUAUUGAUUGUGUUCAUUCAAAAUGAGUACGUUGUAAUCAGUUAUGAUUCUGAAUCACCUUCAAAGGAUCAGCUUGUCUGUGGUCCUCUCAUGAUUUGCGACGGUUUCCCGGAGCUUUACAGUACUAAAUUUAGUGAUAGAGGUAUAGACUUUGCUUUUGGUUGUCAUGAUGUUGAUGAAGCAUUUUUAUUUUCAUGUUAUGAGUGCACGAAGAUAAAGUAUUCACCAAUUACCUUUACUGGUGAAGUGAUUAUAGAAAAUAGAAGGUACAAAGAGAUGUUUCCUUGUCUAAAAAAGAUAAAUUUUGGGGAUCCUCUUUACACUGCUGCUUUUGAAUCCACUGUCGCCAAUGAAGCUUACAUAUUAUAUAACUCAAGGUAUGUCCUAUUCAACUAUUCCGAGAAGAAACUCACUGCCACUGGUCUCAUAACGGAACUGUUUCCGUGUCUGUGCAAAACCUUCUUCACAAGUGACAUUGAAGCUGCCUUUGCCUCGCAUAAGCGUAACCAAGUUUACCUUUUCAAAGGCAAUUCUUAUGUGCUCAUUCAAUACAACCCUGCCAAUGCUGAUGACAGUAAGAUAAUUUUCGGCCCUGAAGAAGUUGUUCCCACUAAAUGGCCUUCUUUAAGUGACUUUGUGCCUUACAAAAAUAUAGGAUUUGACUCCGCAGAGCCCAGAACGUGGACUGCACUUUGGGGGUCAAACGGUUACAUAAAAGCCCCGCUUGGGGGCGAGGUCUCUGAGGAAAUACACGACAAGUAUGGUCCUUUUGCAAUUAAUAUUGAUUGAAUGCUUGUAUCGGAGUUUGGAGGGUUCGUUGUGAUUACGGGGGUUACUAUUCUGGGUUCUUUUGCUCAGAUAUGAUUCAGUAUGUUCCUUUUGCUAUGUUCUUUAUACUUUUGUUUAGCUUUCUGUUUAGUGUAGGUUCUUCUCUUCUUGUAGCGAUGAUUUAUAUGAGCAUAUGAUUAAUACAACAUAUGCUGGAUAGUGCUUCAUGAAUGGGUUAUUAGCUACUACUACUAGUGAUCUUUGAUGUAACCUUGAGGAAUAAUUAAGUUUAAUUUUGAUUGUGUUAAAUUUAAUUAAUAUUAAAA